AUGACUCGUGCAUCUCCUGUGCAAGCACCAUCAUCGGAAUACGCGGCCAUGGCGAAGGAAGUGCUCAUCGUUGGCGGAGGCCUGAGUGGCCUCUACUUGGCACAUAGGCUGAAGCAAAGCGAUCCGAGCUAUCGUGUCACCGUGCUCGAAUCGCGACGCCGACUUGGUGGACGACUGGAAUCGGCUCAAACGAGCGCUGGCGAGAGCGACGAGGUGGACGAGGUGGACGAGGUGGACGCGUUCGACCUGGGUGGAUCAUGGUUCUGGCCAUCUUCUCAGCCUUUGGUGGAUUCGCUAUUGGCGGAGCUGGGGCUGGAGAGCUUUGCGCAGUACGAAGAGGGGGAUUUGCUGAUUGAGCGCAGUCAGACGAGGCAAGCGCAGCGACUGGAUCCGAGAGGAGCCGGGAUGGGGGAUGCUAGAAGGCUGCGAGGCGGGAUGCGAUCGCUCGUUGAAGCGCUGGCGGAUCGACUGGGUCGCAACAACGUUGUGCUUCGAUGCAAGGUGACGGGUCUGCGUCUGGUGGAUGGGAACGGUGCUGGUAAAAGGGUUCAAGCGACGUGUUCCGGCGGGCAAUGCCUUGAAGCGGACCGCGUGGUGCUGGCGCUUCCUCCUCGCCUAGCCGCUUCGAACGGCAUUGAAUUUGGGCCACCGUUGCCAAAGGAGCUGAGUUCAAGCUGGGCAGCGACUGCGACCUGGAUGGCGCCCCAUGCAAAGUACGUCGCCGUUUACGACCGACCCUUUUGGCGGGAGCAGAAGCUGUCGGGUAACGCGCACAGCACCGCUGGACCUUUGGGCGAGAUCCACGAUGCGACCAACUACGACGGUGCGCUUGGCGCCCUGUUUGGUUUCUUCUCGAUCCCGUCGAGUGCCCGGCAAGCGCAAAGUGAAGACGAGCUGAAGUCGGCGUGUCGAUCGCAGCUGGCUCGACUCUUUGGCGAGCAGGCGAUGUCUCCAUGGGACGAGUGGAUUCGAGACUGGUCAUUGGAAGAAGACACGGCGACGGAGGCGGACCAGAUUGUGACAAUGCCAGUCGAGAGGGUGGGCGCGCUCAAGACCACGCCAGACGAAAACGAGUCGCAAUGGCAUGGAUUGGUGCGGGGUGCGGGCAGCGAGUGUCUCGGCUGCCCAUCAGACUUUGCAUCGAUAGCUGCAUCGCAAGAGCUCAAGAUUGAUGCCGAACGUCUGUCAGAGGUCGAGAUCUGCCUGAGCCAGCUGUCGGAUCGCAUUCCAAGGCCGCUGCAGCUGGGCUCGGUGAAAGAGCCGCGUGGGCGCCACAGCCAAAAAAGGCACGCGUGCAUCCGCCAGCAGCUGCUGCUUUCUGCCGAGACCAACACACACACACACCGCGUCGAGAUACAGUGGCCACAGGCGGGACCACGCGCUGCUACCGUCCACCACCAUCCCCAUCCGUCCAGCAUCGCACGCUCUCCAAAGGUGUCGCUCGCUCCGGCACCGCCCAUCGCCAUUCCGACUCCACGCCAUCUCAAGCGCCUGUCUCUCUGCUCGCCCACGCUGCCCUCCUUCCCGCCUCUGCGCGAGGGCCCCACCCACGACUUGUUCUCUCCGGCAGCCACAUCCGACCCUGAUCGCACACAGUCCUCGCCAGACAACUCCUGCCGUUCGGCCGUAUCUGAAUCGCCGCCCUCGUUCGAAAGGCGACCUUCGCACGGUCCGGACGGCCUCGCUUCCGCAUUUUCGCACGACAUCAAGCUCCAACGCGCAAAGAAGGCCGUCCAUCAUAUGCGAACCUACUCCUCCCAGUCCACCGCCAGCUUCGCCUCACAUGCAUCAGCCUCGCGUCAACCAUCGGCAGAGAUCCUAGAGGAGGACGAGCCCACCUCGUCCAGCCCAACCGUACACAGGACCCGCGGCCAUCCCACUACUCCCGCCGCCAUGUCCACUUCCUCUGCACACAACUCGCCGCAGCAUUCCCGCUUCGGAUCCCGCUCCGAUGCAGGCUCCAUCUACAAUGCAGAACGCAACAUGUCCUCUUCCAUGCUCUCCGCCGUCGAUCCCGCCGACAUGGACGAGAUCGAGAACAGCGUGCGCCAAUCCAAGACCAUCGAGGACUUCACCAACAUCAUCACCGAGUUCCGCAUGAACAGGCACACCCUCUACUCCGACUCCCUCGCUGGACAGUAUCCUCCCGAUACAGGCACAAUCCCAAUGAGUGCAAGCAGCCACAGCAUCGACCAGCGCUCCGAAGUCGGAGAAACGCUCCGAUGCACCUGCUGCUGCAGCAAGGACGAUUGUCCACGCGCCCUACGCGCCCGUCAGGAGUGGCGCGACCUCGAGGCCGACCUUCGCCUCAGCGCCGAGAUCGGACAGGCCUUGCUCCGCCGUCAUGACGCCAUGCAGUCGAAGCUGCAAAAGCAAGCGGAAGAAUACAUGCAGCAGCGCGACGGUCUCAUGACCAGACUCACAAAGAGCUACAAGGAGACAUCCGCACUCGAACGCGAGCUGGCACAGUCCAAUCUUAACCUCGAAGCAGGCGACAGCAGCAAUCGCGCCCUCCUGUGCGAGCUCGACGAAGCUCGCAAGCAACUCAACAAGCUCAAGGCCAACCACACACGUCUCAGUGGCGCCGAGGAAAAGGCCACGUCGCUUCAGCGAGAGCUCGACGAUCUCAAGCAGGAACUCGCCGCCGAACGCAGACGCUCCCAGGCAGCAGAGGCCAGAUCCAAAAAGCUCGAGCUCAAAUCCUCUCAGCUCAAAGACGCGCUUGCCAGUGCUCGCAAGAGCGCAGCCAUCGAGCCUCCGUCCGACGGUCGCGCGCUCAUGGAUCAAGCAGCGAUCCAACUUGCCAAGGACCGACUUGCGCGCGCCUCACAUCACCAGCGCAUCUCGUCUCUCGACACCAAUCCUGCAGCAGUCGGCGACGAUGCAGAGCACUCGCAAGUUAUUCAGACCUUGGUACGCGACAACGAAGCUCUCCGCGGCGACAAUGAAAAGCUCAAGGCUCUUGUCGACGCCUCCAACGAAGAACUCGAGGUUCUUCGCAACUCGGUCACAAACGCCAUGUCCCUUGUCGCCUCCCCCAUACCGGACGCCGCCAACUUUGAAGAGAGCGCCUCUUCCUAUCUCGACAUCCACGCAUCAGCAGCAAGCAUUCCAAGUGGCCAACCCUCCACGUCGGCACAUGCGACCGCCGUUGCGCCACGCGCUCCAGCACAACGCACCACCUCGCAUGCCUCCUCGGCCGGCUCGUUCACCUUCCCUCCGAUAUCGCCAACAACAUCGGAGCGGGUCGAAGCCUCCCUCUCGCGCAGCGCCUCGCUCGCGCUCACGGCAGACAGCAGCGCAGCGAGCCAGGCUGCGGAAUCCAUCGCCUUUGUGCCCAGCUCCCGAUCGAGCGAAACCAGCCGCGAUACAGAGAAGCAGACUGCCGACUUUCUCAGCUCGGAUCCUAAUCGCCGCGAGAAUCGAACAGCGCAGCUCGGUAACCUCCUCGAGUACAUCAAUCGACUCUUUACGCGUCUAUCCACUGCCGAUGUUGACACUCUCACCCGACGCUUGCAACGCCAGAAUCUCGCCGGCGACGCCGGUCAUCUCGCUCGCACCACGGUGCACUCCAUCCUACGUGACGUGGAUGGUCUGCGCGAUCACUUCCGCAAGCUCAUCGAAGCCGAGGCAAGGAAUCAUGCGCGCGACGACAACUCGUCGCAUUCCAGGGACUUUGCAAACGAGAGCCUGGUGGCGAGAAAGGAGUUCUUUGCUCUACUCAAGGCGUUCCGAGACAUCCUGUGCGAGUUGGCCAAGCUCCGCCUCUGUGUCAACGACAUUCAUCUCAAUCCGGGACAAGCAGCCAAACUGCUCCACGAACACCUCGGCGCAAACACUGCGGAGGACAGGUCGCUCAUUCCGAUCCCUUCGGCCGUCAAUUGGCUCGGCAAAAUGCUAUUGGGCGGGCCGAGCGGUGCUCCUUCCACCCCGUCUUCCGGCGUUGCCAAUCCAACAGGGUCUUCUGCUGCGCCGGAUGCAGCGUCGUUGAGCGGCGCGAAAGCGGGCCGUCCGCUUACGGGACGCACGAUCUCUGGCCAUCUCGCGCCUCGAGCCUCGCCUGCCGUCGUCUCGUCCACACUGGCCGUCGAGGUCAAGGGCACCCACGCAUCCGCCGCAGAGACGGCCCAGUCGCGCCUCUCCACCUCGCCAAACACGCCUGUGGGCGGUGGCUUGCGAGCAGGCCCACGUGCCCAACGUGGUCGAUCGAACACGUCACUCACGCGCGUACAAUCCCGCAACCUUUCUGGUCUGUUUGCAGGAAGCCUUGCGCCGUCCUAUGCCAGCCUCGAUGUAGCCAGGGGUGUGCCGUUGGACUCAGGAAACAGCCUUGCACCGACAGGCUCCGUGCGGCCGAGGGGCCAUGCUGCCAAGUUGACAAAGCCUUGGCAGCGGCCGUUGUCAAGGAUCGUUGACGACGACGAGAUCAGCAUUCACCGCGGCAGGGCGAUACGGCAACAGGUGUUUGAAGACAGCGGCGAUGAAGGAUCGGACGACGAGAUGAAUGCAAGCAGCAAUCUUCUCGAGCGCACCUUGCGACCUCGUGGACUGAGCGACAGCUCGAUCCGCAGCACGUUUGUCGACAUGGCCGACGGCAUGGGCGGAGGACCCAUUUCGCCAGCUGCAAAUCGGAUUCGGCCCUCUCCGAUCUCGCGCAUCAUCACGCCAGCGACCCUUUCGCUUCACUCGACGCCGAGUGCUGCACCUGCGACGGUUUCCUCAUCCAAGAUCGAAGACGACGCAAGCGCUUCUCCGUCCGUCUCUUCGGAAAGGUCGGGCAGCUUGACGCCAGGAGGCGCUGGUCUCGCAAGCGGUGUCGCCAGCUCCAUCCUGAGCAGGUCCGAAAAAGUGCUGUCGUUCUUCAGCGGCGGCGUCGUAGGCUCGGGCGUACCCAUCCAGCCUGCUUCGGCGACGGUGAGCGCGGGUGGGCCGAGCUUGCGUCAAACCCCUUCGAUCGCUGCGCUCAACCGAGCGGCGGCUCGCGGCGCAGCCUCGCACGACCUUUCCGUGUCUCCGCGCACCCCAUCCGGAUCGCCUGCAGCCGCAGCAGAGCCUCGUGCACAGGCCGGGCUCGGCCUUGGCCUGCCACCGCGCCCCGGUCUGGGUGGCGCCGGGCCGUCUGGCGGUGUGCGACACUCGCUGCAACAGCGCCAUAUCCGGCCCGAAGGUCUCGACUCCGCCCUCCAGCUCCAUCCAACUUGCCGCUCGGUAGACGGCGCGCACACCUCAUCCAACCAUCUCAUAGCAACCAUGUCGGGCCUCGAAAAGUCGUUGUUCCAGCUCAAAUUCACCGCCAAGUCGCUGCAGCGCCAGGCGCGCAAGGCCACCAAGGAUGAGACGGCGGAAAAGGCCAAGCUGAAGAAGGCGCUGGCGCAAGGCAAUACGGAGGGCGCACGCAUCUAUGCAUCCAACGCCAUCCGCAAGAAGAACGAGUCGCUGAAUCUGCUGCGACUCGGCAGCCGCAUCGAUGCUGUGGCUAGCCGCGUCGAGACGGCGGUGACGAUGCGCCAGGUGUCGGGCAGCAUGGCGUCGGUGGUGAAGGGCAUGGACAAGGCGAUGGAGAGCAUGAACCUCGAGCGCAUAUCCAUGGUCAUGGACAAGUUCGAGACGCAGUUCGAGGACAUGGACGUGCAGACGUCCUACAUGGAAGGCACCAUCGGCGCCACCACGGCGCAAUCCAUGCCGCAAGACCAGGUGGACCUGCUAAUGCAGCAGGUCGCGGAUGAAAACGGCAUCGAGAUCAACCACAAGCUCGGCGAGGGCGGCCUGCUGGAGGGCAAGGUGGCCGAUCUGGCUCCCAAGGUACCGGACAGCAAGGUCAAGGACAAGGAAGACGAUGCGCUUGCCGAGCGUCUGCGGGCUCUCCGUCCCGCCACCUAG